AUGGCGACAACCGACGCGAUUUCUCCAGAGCAAGACCGUUCAGGUCAGCGCAGGAGACCGUUUUCAACAUGGGUUAAAAAGCUCACCAAUUUCAAAUCUGAUGGUGAGCGCCAAAAGAGGCACAAGAAGCGCAGCCACAAGAAAAACAACCCAUAUCCAGAGUCUGGUACGGUCGGCAACGGUGUAACCAACGGAACGAGUGCAACGAGUGCAUGCACAUUCACCACCACUACGGGCACAAGUAAUACCAGCGUGAGCCAGUCGGCAAGGACAUCUCGAGAAGAUCAGGCCCCACCAACGAUCGGGGGUCGGAGCCUAGCGGGCACAGUCUUGACCGACCAUGAGGCCUCACAUUCGCUUAUAGCCCCCAGCCAUAGAGCAGAUUCUGUUGCCGGCACGAACCGUACCGUCGGCGGAGGAGUCGAUUCUAGGAGGGGGGGAGACAGUACAUUCUCAAGUCCAGCGCCAUCUGUUCGAUCUUUGACGACAACUUUGACUACGAUUCAGUCUAUGGCUCCCAACGGCCCCGGGCAGCCUCAUCACCAGGCUUCACAGAACCAAGGCAACUCGCAGUCUAUCCAGUUCAGCCAGCCAUUCCCCACCACGGGAGCGCCUGCAUCCGCUAUCCCGGCUCAUUUGGCUCCCACUGGCAAUCCAACCACUUAUACCGCUGCAACAGCCAAUAAUCUUUUGACUGACAACGCAUCCAUCCUCACGUUGGCAUCAUCCAGCAAGCGUCGGCGUCGGCGUUCUCUGGAUACAGAUGCGUCUGUGCGUGCUCUGGCUCCUUCAUCUCUUUGGGGUGGUAGCCGUGAAAGCCUGCCCCUUAGUGUUCUUAGCGCAAAUAUCGACCCAAUGGGCAUGCCACCUACACCUGGAAUUCACGGUAACCCUCGGUUAGGAGCCGAGCGAACGAGCAUAUACUCGGCCACAGGUGUUGGGCCUGCCAUGGCCAGUGAUCGCAACAGUUACUAUGCCAAGCAAGGAGAUGCAGCCAGUGUUCGAAGUGGGUUACUUGGCCAUGGACGAGCCGAGAGUGUGAGCGGUAGCAUUGGUGGUCUGAGCAGCCCGUUGGCUACACCACGAGAAGUAUACAACGAGAAGAAUGAGAACGAGAAAGAGGAACGGGAGAUGACCUCUAUGGCUUCUAGGACUAAGGAGGGAUGA